AUGUUUGUUGCCGAAAUUAGCAACUAUUUUUCUAACAAUGUAAUCUGUACCGCCAGCGAAAAGCCUCAUUGCAAGUUUCAACUUACACAGUGGACAGAUCUGGAUUCUUCAAACUUACUUGGGAAGGUGGAUACCGAGGCGAGGGCUUGGAACAUUUUCGGAUUCGACUUGCUGCUGGUAGAACCUGACUAUCGACCGGUGCUGCUCGAAGUGAACAGCAGUCCAAGUCUGCGGAUUGACUGCAUGCGGCCGCUGGUGCAGCCCAGUAGCUGCAAACACGGCCUUAAUCCCGCCAUCAUGCACUCAUCCAAGUAUGCGGCCUUCUCACGCAGUCGAGUGGAUGAGCAAGUGAAGACUGGCUUGCUAAGGGCUACUCUCAGUCUGAUUGGCAGUCGUCUACUCUUUGAGCGGAUGAGUAUGGACUCACCGGAGAAGGCAUACGCCUUCUUGAAUGCCUGCGGCUACCAGACGCCGGCUAUUCCGAUGGAGCCUAAGACAGCUGAGACACCGGUAGAGGCAUUGGAGAUUGCGAAAAAGCCUCCCUCCAGGGAGGAGUUGAGAAACUUUUAUGAGCCAGCCUCAUCGUCUUACCUCGACUUUGAGACAGCAAAUGGAACGACGCAAAUGCGACUAGGAUUUGUUACCACAACUACUGGCAUCACAACCACCAGCACUAACACCGCCACAACCAUCACCACCAGCACUAACACCACCACAACCAUCACCACCAGCACCGUGGGCAAAAAGUAUGAGAACGCGAGCGACACCAACAUGCAUACUCCGUGCCUACUUAACACAGAAUCUCCAGUUCCUCCUCCGAAUCGUGAUAAUCGUGUUAAACAACCAACGCCCUUCGCCCCUACUUUUUGGGACUGCAGCCAGAGUCUCCCACGUCUAACACAAAAGAACUCGCCUCCUGAGUUGAGGACCGUUCGACGACACAAUCCAGAUUUCCCCUCGCAGUGGAUGCACGACCGCCUGUCGCAGAUCUACGAUAUUGGACGAAAGCCGCGGUCACCCAAAGUUCCUUCACUGGAAGUCAACCUGGAGGAGAUUGUGCCCAGAAGCCCACCCUGUUGGCCGCCUCUUCGUAAACGUACCCUGUCUGCCGUUUACGGGCGCCAGCAUGUCAACGAAAAACUCACCGCCUCCUUCCUGGACAGGCGAAGGGUUGCCAAUUGUCGGGAUUCACGUAAUCUCCUGCAUUGCAUAUACUCCGAGGACAAUGUUUACUUUCCAUGCCCGCCGGAGGGAGAGCAUACGCGGGAUACAGAAUGCGAAAUCAUCUCCUGUCGCACACUUUCUUCCCUUGAGAACACCUCACUUAACCCUGGUUCUCUCGCCCAAACUUUCCCUUCCUUCGAGGCCUCCAAGAAUACCGAUAUUUGUGAGACUGCAGCCGGCGGUGACAUUGUUAAAAACGAGGAGGCAAGUUCGCCGGAUAACAUGACCAGUCUUCAGGUCGAACAGACUAUGCCUUCACAAGAUCAGACGGAAACCAAGACGGAGCACGCUGAAGUUGGUGGCAUCGCGGAACCCAACGAAAACCAAUCAAAUGCACAGAGCUAUGGGAGUUUGACUGCUGAGCCCAAAACGUCACUGACCGCAAGAAAAAGGCGACUUCCCAAGGCGGCGACGGUUACCGAUCUACGCUUGUUGGAUAAACUGGCCGAUAUCUUCAUCACCAUCCUUUCUGAGAGGCGCCUAGUUGAACAGCAAAUUGUCUCCGGAAUCGACCAUUGCUCUGCCGCGAAUUUCCCCUACGUCAUCCACUUGGACAGUUCCGGAAGGACCUUGAGCGGUCAUCAUAUACAUCGUUUGGACUGCUCUUUGGGUGUUGAGGUGCUCACACCUCGAAUGGACAGCUCUGGUUUUCGCAGUUUUGUACAGCGAUGUCAUUUGCGGAAUUUCGGUAUGAACAUCCAUGAUCUCGAGCUAAUGUACAUGAAGCAUAAAAUCUUCUGGUUCCGUGUCUACGAGUCUGACUGCGUCGAAGCAGAAAGUGGUGAGUCCCUAAAGUAG